UACCGAGCAGUUUCAGUCUCGCAGCGACAAUUCGUCAGUGAAAGAUCGCGGACUAAAUUUUAUUUAAACAAAAUCAACCGUUUUUUUUUUUGUCACAUUUUAUUAUAAAUAAAUUAUAGAUCCAAACAAGCGAAAGCUGUGAGCAUCAUUUAUUACGAUUAUAAUUAUUAACAUUAUAACCCGGACAAUUUACCAUCUAGUCGACAUUACAUCUAGUAUUUUCGUUCGGUUAUUUUUUACCCGAGUAAUAUUGUUUUUUACUUUUAUAUUUAAUUAAAAAAAUCUAUAAUUAAUUAAUAAAAAAAAAUAACAACGUGUGUUUUGUGGUAAUUGUGUGAAACCAAAGUUAUUUUAUAUUUUUUUACAAUACCUAUUUUACUUGUCAAAUUAAUGAAAGUUUUAUCAGAUAAAUAAUUGAUUAAUUAUUUAUUAAAAUAACAGUAAUAUAAAGAAAGACGGAAGAUAAUUUUAAAAAAUAAUAAAAGUGUGGUUAUUUGUAAUUCGUGGUGUCAUUUUUAUGUAACUAAAUUGUUUAAUAAUUAAAUAAAAUAAAUAAAUAAAAUUACCUAUCAUAUUGGAGUGGGAUAGUUAACAUAUUGUGAUAAAAAAUAACCAGUUAGCAAAGGGCAUUAAUUGCCGAGUAUUUUCUGUCAACUGAUACCAAAACAGCCUGACCAUUCUCUUCUCCAAGCCAAAGAUGGACAUAGAGGUGCAGGUGGCAUUGAACUUCGUGAUAUCUUAUCUCUACAAUAAGUUACCGCGGAGACGCGUGAAUAUAUUCGGAGAGGAGCUGGAGAAAGCGCUGAAAGACAAGUUCCAGGGGCACUGGUACCCGGAAAAACCCUUCAAGGGCUCGGCGUUCAGAUGUCUGAAGACUGGGGACCCAAUUGACCCGGUGCUGGAGCGUGCGGCCAAAGAGAGCGGGGUCCCGAUCCAGGACAUUCUGGAAAACCUUCCCACUGAGCUGGCUGUCUGGGUCGACCCUGGUGAAGUCAGCUACCGGAUCGGCGAGAAGAACAUGAUAAAGAUCCUGUACUCGGAAAGCGCAGACCUCCACGACGAGAGCUCAGCAGACCGCGAGGUCACCAAGACCUUCAACCCGGAGGCCCAAUGCUUCAGACCGAUUGAAGCUGUAGGGACUUCCCUGAGCGGGCUGAGUUUGAGUCCCAAGUCCACUUCACCCUUCCCGUCCUCUCUUGGCAGCAACGCCAGCAACGGCUCUUCCAACAACCAAAGCGGCCACGGCUCCGGCUCCUCAUCAGCACCCUCUCCCACGCCAAUUACAAACUCCUUCAAGGGAUCGCCUAGUCCGGUUCCGGCUUUUAUUCCUCGCUCCACCGCUCCCUUGACCUUCACUACUGCUACUUUUGCUCAGACUAAAUUUGGAAGCACCAAGUUGAAAACUAGCAGCAAACGAGCAAACAGAUCAUCAACUUCCAGAAUGUCACCGACCGAAUUUUCAAACUACAUAAAGCAGCGCGCGAUGCAGCAGCAGAUUCACCACCACCACCACCAUCAGCACCAACAACAGCAACAACAGCAAUCCGGCCUACCAGUAUCUCAAAAUUCACCGACGAGCCGGUCGCUCUCUCCAGGGGUAGGCUCUCCCCCACAGCCCCAGCAACCGCAGCAGCACACCGACCCCAGCGCUUACUUCUUCCCGGGGCCUUACCACCCCCAGUUCACCCACCGCAACAUCUUCGACUCCUCCAGUCACGGCGGAUACUUGCCUGAUCUGUACGGCGCCAAGUUUCCCUCGUCCUACUUGGACCCCUCUAACAUCUCGCACCAGUUCUACGGAGGCGUAGGUGGGGGAAGUUCCCCCGCCUCUAACCUCGGGCCCAUCGGGUCCGCCGUAAGCAGCUCCUCCGCCAACAGUCAGCAAGAAAAAACGACCCUCGUCGACGGACUCAACAACUUCGGGCUGGGGUCCGUCACCCCCUACCCCGCCAGCCAAUAUCAGCACCUUCUCGUCGCGAACUAAUGUCCCCCCUCCAGGAUCCUCGCUUGCCCGCCACGUCCAUCUUCGGUCGUCUAACAUCGCGGCGCCUGAUUCAAAUUUAAAAACUUCGGAGAUAAGAAAUUAAAAAAAUUUUCAUUAAUUAUUUAUUAAGAAAUAAUUGCUUAAUUAUUCACAUUUUUGCAAAAAAUCCCCUUUCCACUAAGCGUUUUUUUUUUUAUAUAAAAAUUUAGCUUUCCCCCUUCUCUUUGUCACCCUCUUCGCGUUUCUGGAUGCCGGCCCGAUGCGAUUUUGAAAUGAGAAAUAAAAAAAAUUAAAAUUAAAGCCGGAACUGUUAUCAAUGAAUCUAACCGGUGGAUUUUAUAAUUAGGGACAACACUAAUUAAUAAACACUGACAACAAUAAUUUAAAAAAAAAAAAAGAAAAAAGAAAAUAUUGAUGAUAAUAUUAAUAUUAAUAAUAAUACUAUAAAAUAAAAUAAAAUAAAAAUAAUAUGAUAUUUAUUACCAUCAAUCUAAAAUAUAACAACAAAUAAUAAAUUACCUUUGUGUAAUAAUUUAUUUUUUCACUGGAUUAGUCGAAGAAUAUUAAAUAUUAUAUCUGUAGAGCCUAUGUAAUUAUAAUUAACAAUGCACUCGGGGUUAUUUAAUUAAUGGAUGACAGCACAUUCUCGACCAAAACGUACUGAGAAAGAUAUUAAGAUAAAUAUUCCGUCAUACCAUCGAAACUCGUCCUUCGGUACGAUCUUACAUUUUAUUUUUAUAAUGAAGAGUAUCUAAUCUUAUAAUUAUAAUUACAAAUAACAGAAUUAAUAGAUGGUCGUGGCGCGUAAGUGGCUGUUUGAAAACAGAAACAAAAAACAAAAACAAAAAAAAAAGGAAAAAUGUUUUUUUUAUGAUUAUUUUAUUUUUUGUUAGUUUUUUUCUAUUGUAGAUUUAUGAUUUUAUAAAAAUGAAUUUUUUUUUUUUUAAUUAUAAAUAUCGAUAAUAUUUAAUUGUAAAAAAUGAAAAUUGUUUUUUUUUAUUUUUUUAUCCCUUUUUUAAGUAUUAAUUUUUAUUUACUUGGCCACGUACGAGUCGACGUCAAUUAGAUUAUUUAAUCGGUGUAUUAAUUGUAAUUAAUUGGGAGGAUUGAGAGGUAUGGAUUAUUUUUUUUUAGAUUGACAAAUGUCGAACAAAAAUAAUAAUAAUAAUUAUUAUUAAUGAAUAACAAAAAAAAAAAAUAAGGUGAUUAUACGAGCAUCGAGUGAUAGAAAUAUUUAUUUAAAAAAUCGGUGUCACGAGCCGCGGGCCGGACACUUAGGUGCUAAAAGUAUUACUGUUAUCUUGAAUCGCGGAAAAUAAAUGGACAAUUGUGUCUUGACACUUGGUACAAGGCAUUAAUUUGAAAAGGAAUGAAUUUAAUAAAUAAAAUAAAUUGAAUAAUAAUACGUUGACAACUUUCGGAUCUAAAGAGGGUAGAACGAAUUAAAAACACCAGUACCCUUUUUUUAUAUAAAAAAUAAAAAUAAUAAUAAUGAUAAAAUAAUAAUAUCUAAACUUAAUUAUUAUUAUACUAUUAAACGAUACGUACGACUGUGGUAGCUAUGCUAGUACCUGCUAUUGUUAACAAAAAUAAUAAAUAAAAGAUGAAUGAUGAUUUAAAAAGAAAUAAUAACUAAAAUGAUUGGGAAAUGAAUUAAAUCAGUGCGACGAAGACGAGAUGAGUUUUCACAUGAUUGCUUUUAAUGAAAAAAAACAGUCACUGAAGAAUAAAUAAUAAAUAAAUAAAUUCAUAAUAAUUAAUAAUAUAUUAAUUGAUUCAUUUGAUAAAUUAAUAAUCAAUCAAGUCUUAUCGUUGGCACAAAUGUCAAAAUUCAUUAAACGCGGGUUAAUUGCAAUAAAUCGGAAAUCAAAUCGAUCGUUAGCGAAAUUUCAAUCUUGCUGAUGAUUAAUCAAACAUGAUGUAUACUCUGAUAAAAGUAACUUUAAUGAAAAAAAAAAAAAAAUAAUAAAUAAAAACAAAUAUAAGAUUUAAUAAUAUUAAUAUUGCGAGCGAGGUUAUUUAUCGGUUGGGACGAUUCUAUUAAUGGUGCAAUAAAAUAGUGAGAUACGUAUGGAAAAUUUUUGGGUUAUUGUAAUAGGUCGGUUGGUAGUUUAUUGGAAAGUCGGCGAUUGUUUAUAGCCAAUUUUAAUGAGCUUUUUCAGUAGAUAAAUAUCUAGAAAAUUUGUACAAAAUUGAACGAUUUGAUGCAAUAAAAAUUUUUUUUCAUAAAUAUCAAUAAUUUUUACUAGAAAAAAAUCGAUGAUUUUAUAAGAAAAAUUAUUAAAUGAAAAUUACAAAAGCCAUUAAUAUUAAUAUUCGGUACAAAUUAUCGGUACAUGUAUGUGAUGUUAGAAAAUUACAAUUGUAAUUGAAUAAAAAUUGGCAUUAUAUCAUAGAAUCGGUAGAAAAAAUUAGAAAAAUGAACUGUUAUUAAAAUUAUAACUUAUCGUUGUGAUUACUAAUUAUAAAUCAGUGAAAAUUAACUGUGUUAAUCGAUUAUAUAGUGACCGUUAAUUUAUACUAAUUCGAUAAAAAUAUAAAUGUUAUUGAUUAUAAAUAUUUAAAUAUUGAAUUUUAAAGUGGCCGAUUUUUUAAAUGAAUCAAUGAUUGCCGAUUUCGAAUGAAUGUUAACUUCCGAUCACAAAUCGAUGACCUAUUUUUUUCCAUACAGACGCGAAAAAAUGAAAUUGAAGUAAAAACGAUGAACAAACAUUUAGAGAUACAUUGGAUUAGAAUGAAAUGAAAUAAAAUAAUUAAAUAUAUAGUAUUAUAAUGUUUAUUGUAUAACUUUAUAAGUAAAAUAAAAACCAAUAUGCUAGUUUUUCAUCGCAUUACUGGAUAAAUAUGUACUCGUUAUUGUAAUACGCGAUUUAAAUGAUAACGAACACGUAAAUCAAUACACUUAUGAAUAAAUAAAAUAACAACAAAAAUAAUUAAAGAAAACUCGUUCUCGCAUGUAUCCAAGUGGUCGAUCUGUCUUUAAAAAAGUAUAAAGUGUCUGUAUAUUUAGAUAAAUAAAAUUUUUUAAUAAUC